GCCCUCCGCUGAAUUCAGCCACUGGAUCCCAACACACUUGCAGUCGGCGCUUAUGGCCAGGCGCCCGAGGGGUCCAAUCCUUCGACGGCGGCCUGCUCGCCAUGAAGACCGGAUCAGCGCGCUCCCCGACGAUCUCCUCCUCCUCCUCCUGCGCAAGAUCGACACCCACACGGCACUCGGCGCCGGGACGCUCUCUAGGCGCUGGGCCCACCUCCCCCGCCAGCUCCCCGACCUCGACUUCAGGGUCGGCGACAUACUCCCGCCGCGCUAUCACAAAUGGCUCUUCGUCGGCAACGGAUCUGAGUCAGAGUACGGAUGGCAGACCUCGGAGAAGGAGAUCAGGCCUAACAUCCGGCGGUUCGAGCGCCGCGCCAUGCGCUCCUUGGUCAGAUCCGUCCAGAGCUUCUUGGACGCUGGCCAUGACGGUCGGCGGGUCAACAAGCUGAGGCUCGAGUUCUUCACCACCCACAACACCGCCUGCAUCAACCGUCUCCUGGCCAAGGCCAUCGAUGCUUGGGGGGCCGUUUCUCUCGAGGUUCUUGCCAAGCCAAUUCACGGGGAACGGCAAGUCCACGCUUUUCCCAGCCAUGGCCUCUGUGAGGAACCCCGUGCGUCACGACUGCAAAGCCUUAAGCUUGGAGGCUGCGUGCCGCCGCCCCUGCACGAGUACAGCGCGCUCAGUACGCUCGUCCUGCAAGACAUGCCCUUAUCGACACCAGAGGCAGCCUACGAGGGCGUCUUCACCUCGUGCCCGCAGCUGCAGGUGCUGCAUCUCAUCUCAUGUCAGUGCGGAGACCAAAUUGUCGUCGACGCCCCCAGGUCACAGAUAAGGGAGCUGGUUCUGGACAAGUGCCACUUCAUACGGUUAUGCAUGAGGGCCCUUCCCUGUCUCGAGAGGCUAGCCUCCCUGGAAACAAGAGUAUUGUUUGAGUCAGCUUCAUUUCCCUGCCUCACACAAUAUAACCUCAAGUUGGGCUUCGGCGACAAUCUGGGAAAAUUCACCCAGUACUUCGUGAACAUCUUCAAGGCGCAGAUUGGCUUGUUUUUUCGACACACCAGGGAAAUUACUAACCUGCUUAUCAGGUUCACUGGUGCUGUCAGAUGGAUCGUGCCGUCCAGCUCCCCAGCCACAUUUUUACCUAACCUCAGGCGGCUGUUGGUCGCCGAUGUGCCUUCGUCCUGGGAUGUCUCAUGGCCCCGUCUCCUGCUUGAGACAGCGCCUAACCUCCACACCUUUCAUGUACACCUUGAUCCCUCCUUAGCGGAUCCUGGCGAUGAGAUACCCUGGCAACCCACCAUGCUUCGGCAUGAUCACUUGAAAGAGUUUGUGAUGGUUGGUUUUCAAGCAAUGGAGAGGCAGCUUUAUCUUGUCAAAUUUGUUGUGGAAGUAUGCACAGCUCUGUGUCAUGUCGCCUUGUUCAAGGAUGGGCAUGUUCGGGACAAGGGGCACUGGGACUGGGAGCUGGUGACGGAGCAAUACUCGUGGACCCAAGAGGAGAAGGGCGCCCUGCUGAACCAGAUCAUGGAUGGGGUUUCUUCCUCUUCAAUAGUUCCUAGCCAACUGGUUUUUGGCUGAUCAAGUCCUCUCAUGUUUCUUCAUUUGUUUCAAGCAAUCAAGCCUCCAGUCAUGCUUUCCAUAUCCCUAUUUGAUGCCAUGUAAUGUUUUGUGAUCUUCACUCAAACAAUAUGCAAUUGUAGUGUGUUUUUGAAGGAAACUCUAUAGUCUAUUUGUUAAAUAUUUCAUAUCCACUAAGAUUCUAACAAUCUACCAUAAUGAUGCCGGGUAUGAUUAAUUCAAUCCGACUGAGGUUUGCAAAAUUAUUGUGCUUAUUAUAGGAGUUGUGACAACACCAGACUGUUUGGCAGAACACACACUUAUUCCUUUACUUGCAUUAUAUUUGCAUUCUUGCAGCUUCUUUUCACAAAAAAUAGCUAGUAUUGAAUUGUUCAUAUGACAAGCUUUUAUCUAUGAUAAUAAUGCCUGGAAUGAUUGAAUCAAUUUGACUCUUGUUUGCAAGAUUACUCUGCUUAGAGGAGUUGCGGCAACGUUAGACUGUUUGGCAGAACACCGUUAAUUCUUUUCUCCAGCAACCACCAAAUUAGAAAUCAUUGGCAAGCAAUCAAAUUAAAUUGGUCUGGACUAUCACUAUUAUGAUUGAAAUCUAGUUGCUGCCACCAAAGUGAGGACCUCCCAUAAAAUGAUUGAUGUUAGUCAUUUGGUUAAAAUUUUGUAAGCUAUCUUCAGGGGAUCACAUUCUACUUAGCAUUCUAAUAUCUUUCACCUGAGGUAGGAUCUUCUGGAUUGUGUCUCAAUACAAAGCCCAGUAAAUUCACAGGAGUGCCAUGAACCUUGAUAGGUUGCCAUGGAAGAAGGUACUUUCUCAGUGCCUUCCAUGAAUUACAGUCCCAGUUUCUACACAGACUGAACAUUUUGAUGCACUGGAUUGUUUGAAGCUACCUUUACGGAGACUGGACAUUUUGAUGCAGAGCAUUGUUUCAAGCUUCUUUUAUUCAGACUGAACUGUAUGUUUUUAGUAACCAGUCUAUUGUCUUUGACACAUGCUAAAAGAUCUAUGUCCAAACUGCAUAUAGCCUUAUGAUCUGGCCAUAUUUACAAGCAGACCUCCCUCUUUGGUGAUCAAUGGUGCUGUCAGCUAUGCAUCCAAGGAAGGUUUGUUUAUUCCCUUGUUUUUCGUAGGCAGUUUUAUAUCAUUCUUGUUACUGAGUACUGAAUAGUAUCUUUCCCUGCAUGUCUUCGACAGGAUGUGUAAUGCUUUUUUAGACGAAACACAUGUUUGCUUGGGUCAUAUUCAUGUAGACAAACUCAUCGAUGAAUAUUUUGUUAUUCGGUUCAAAUUUGAUGCUUUUCUCGACAUCUUCUAUUGUAUAGUUGUUCAAGUGUCAUUCUAUUGGUUCAACUUUAAUUUAGACAAGGAACUGGUUUAUCUACUUUUUAUUGGCUUGAGCCAUUGCUAUGCAACUAAGUGCUUUCUGCAAUUUCUACUAUUCGUUGGCAUUUUCUUUUCUUUAGACUGGCUGUUUUGCAUUCACUGCUGUAUUGCUCCAUCCUAAUUGUUUUUUUGUUGAGCAUUGCAAACUAUUUAUGGGGCUAAAAAAAGGGGAGACCACUUCCAUGCUAUGCACUUCAGGAUUCUGUAGGGAUUCUACUUGGCAGAGUAGUAGUCGAAUUACUAUGUUUCACACAGCUCUAUUGCAAUUUUUCUGCUUCCUGAUUGGAAAUAAUGGCCUGGAUAUGGGCAGCGGCAGGGGAGAGGAGACCGAGGGGAGCUUUUUUCCAGGGUUUAGAAGGCCUCGGGGCCCUGGAGGGCUGAUAAGCGAUUCGAGGAAAAAUUGAAAGAUGAUGAUUAUAUGUUAACUCAAACUCGUUCGGGUUACACACACACCACUAGUUAACAUAGACCGGCUAUGAGCUGCUAAAAUGUAAGCUGCUAUGUUCCCAACUAUAUGGACCUUUACAAGCCACGCUGAUCGCUUCAUCCACGAUUAAGCAGGCUUGAUAUCUGCCCAGCACGCGAUUGGAGACACAGUCAACCACAUACUGUCAGCCACUUUCAAGGAUAGUGGGAAUAUUAAGACUCGCCGCAAUACUACGGCGAUCUCAUGACUUCACCUUCAGCAGCAUUACUACGGCGAUCGAUUGGGCUCCAGGCCGAGAGGAUUGGUUUCCCAUUCCAGUCACGAACAAUAGCGCCCCAAUGUCCAGUACCUGUUUCAGCUAGGAAAGAAGCAGCAGUGUUUAUUUUAAAGCAACCUGGUUGCGGUUUACACCACAAACGGUAUUGUUGGUUUCCAUCAUUGGCUUGUUCUCCUUAGGGAUUUGUUGGUCAAUUUUACAUUUCCCUUUCCUAUUCCGUUCUUGAGCUCCAUUUUUAGGUGCCAUGCCCUCCACCAAAUAAAAUGAAGUUGGCUUCUCGUGUCUUCUUUCUGAUUUGCAAGUACGUUAAGCACCCAAUCAUGCCCGGAAUAUAUUAGCUCUUCUUCCUUGGGGAUAUCCCAGAACUCUGGCAUGGCUAGACGCAGGGCAUGAUUCUUAGGACAAGACAUAACCGCAUGGUAUUCAGUUUCAGCUUCAAUAUGUGACAGGUUUCUACUGCACUAUUUAUUCUCUUGCAUUAUUUUGGACCCCUAGACCCUGGGUUUCAAGCUUCCAAGCAAACAUUAGAUGUUCGAAAUUUAUGUGACAUGUGAUUACUUAUUUUGAAUGCACGAUUUAGUGCUGUAGUUUGUGCACAAAUUAUACACAGAAACGACUAAUUAAUAAUCUAUCACUGUUAACAAGGUACAGAAUCAUUCGAACAGCCUAACAUAAUCGACCAACAUGUACCAUCGUGAAUCAGUGUCCACUGGUAGUCUGGUACACGUCAAGAAUGUUGGAAUUAAUAGCCUUCAUCUAGAUUGUGCCCAGUUAAAUUUCAAAAAUUAGAGAGAAAUCAAUGGGCUGGGCAGGAGUUUUGUCUAAACCGCAUCUCCUUCUAUUUUUCCGCCGAGCAGUUUAUUACUCUUAUCCACCCGCAUGAACUGCUCAUACGUUUAGCUGCCGACCUUCUCCCAUGCCUUUCCAUACAGCAGCUUCUACACCCCAGGUACUGUUAGCCUAUUCAGAGUUUAAGCCUGCACUAGCUUUUACAUUCUUUGUAUUUUCCCAUUUUGUUGGAUGUCCCUGAAGGGACACUUCGAUAUGUAUGUUUGCCUUGGUCGUGCUUUGCAUAUCAUUUGGUAAGACAGUAAGCAUUAUAUUUUUCUAUCUUUUCAGAUCAAGCUGGGGGAAUAAUGCCAUAUUUACCAAUGUCCUCCUCGGAGAUCAGUGAAGCGGCCCAGGAUCUGCUGUUGCAACAGGCUAGUAUGGAGACAAGCGAAGCGAGGGAAUGGGGGAAGGAGGAGGGUGAAUGGAAACUAAACCCUAAACCCUAGUUUUCCUGUUCUAGUAGUUAAUGACACUGCAGUUUACUUUUUUUUGCUACUUGAAGAAACUACAAUCCAUAAUUUGUGGGCACACCAAUAUUCAUAAUUUUUACACACACCAGGCAGUUAUUACAAAAAAGGCAAAUCAGAAGUGUGCAUAGAUCAGACCUUCUUGUUGAGAUGGUAGUGGAGCUAGUAUUGUUUUUGUAGCUCUAUCCCAGAGUGCACUAUUUUUCAUUUAUGUCGCACUGUUAACAAAUUUGCACCUUUGUUGUCACCCAGGUUUUCAUGUCAUGGGAGACUUUCUCCGAAGUGUGCUUACACAUACUAUAUAUAUGGAUGUACUUUGCUAUACAAACCUCUACCUGACAGCAAACCAUUUUCUGGGAGAGAUGAUGUUGAAAAUGUGAUGCCAUUAUCUGAUAACCUCGCUUAAACUCUUCACUCGCCGGAAUAAAAAUGCCUCCCACGCGGCUCGAUGCGCUGCGUGGUGGUUGCCCCGUGGCAGAAGGCUGGGCACGACUGGUGAUGUAGAGGGCAGACGCCGUGUGUUAUUGUCUGAUGGAGGCACCCCUUUGUAGUCGCCAUGGUCUCAUUCCAGGGAGGAAGAUCAUGAUGAGGCAUGAGGUGAUCCCAGAACUCCGAUUAAGAAAAAGAUGGAGCCGCCUGGGGUAGCGAUUCAUACAAGCUAAAUCUUCUAAUCAAUGGUGGGCUGUGAUAUGGAGAGAGAGGAAGUACAUGUACCAUGUAUGUUGAUGAGUUGGCACAAUAUAUAUGGAGAAAACCUGCUAACUGCAAAGAAAACCCGGUUCAAAACUUAUCAAAAAGGGUAGAAGGUUCAAUUCUAAACGGUUUAUAGAAUUCAGGAUUGAAGAUUGAACUAAAGUAAAAUUGAGGGUCGUAGGUUGUAAUCUGAACUGAGACGAGUUUAGGGAUAAAUUGAACUUCUCUCUACUUUUGUACACCCACUCAUGGGUAUGGUUGUUUCCGUCGUUGUCUAUUUAUUUCUAGAGAUUCGUGCCCACCAUGGUAGAUGUAAAUAUUUCUUCUCUCUUUAUCCGAAUCUAAGCACAAUGAUCGAUGACAAAAACAUACACCUACACACCUACACGUGGGUGUACAAAACCCACUCUUGUACUGCAUUUGCAAAUCAAAUGUAUUGCUUUAUGAGAGCCUUGAAUGCAUCUUUUUUAUUUUUUAAACUGGUGUUAUGUGGUACAAUAUUUUUGGUUCAGCUAUUAGCCAUCUAGGCUGAUAUAUUUAUUUCUUCCAUUCUUAUUCUGUUCAGAUUUUGAUCCACUGCAAGCACUUCAUCUUCCUCAAUCAUCUCACUAGGGAUGUAAACGGAUCGGAUCGGAUAUUGCUCU